CCUAAGAUCGACGAGGCGUAAGUUGGGGCGCGUACAAAGCCGGUUAAGCUCCCUUCACCCGGUGAUCCUACUCUCAGUCAGUUUCGUGAAUGGUACACAAGCAAAUCGGGCAAAGAAGUUGUGAAUCAAGCUCGCAGCCGGCCCCAUCAACGAACAACAAUAACAACAACAGAAAGAACUAACUUUGAUACCCCGCACAUCGGACGCGGGCAGCGGUGGUGAAGCGCAAACCGAAAAGAAAGCCAUACAGCUAACGAACUAAGAAGAGGAAGAAGCAGUUUGAUUCAUUCAUAAAAAUCUUACUCGCGCUAUUCCAUUCCGACGUUGCACAAAUAUUCCGCCGUUGGCGGAUUGUGUCGUUUCUGGCUAAAAGCAGCGCACACUACACCACCAACCGUAUAGAAACGUGAAGGAAGAAUAUCAUUCGGUCCGCCGAGAGUGUUGUGUUCGCGAAACCAAAGGAGGCGGUUUCGUUCGGAGUGUCACGAAAGCAAAAGUAUUGCGGAUUUGUUGUUUGAAUCGCGAGUGUUGGUGGAUGUGUCUGGAUUGGGGAUUUUCUCUCUCUCGCUCGUGGAAAGCACGUGUGAUCGUUUAUAUUUGGCUAAACUAGGUGUAAAGUGCACCACGCCACCAACCAGCCGGUUUUUGUGUGUCUGUCAACGGUCGUAUAUGUAAAAUUAGAAUACCUGAAGUCAGCGGUUAUUUUCUAAACUGCAGUUGAGAAUUACCAAUUCAAUUUUUUACGCUUGGAGGCAAAAUGUUCGUGUUGAAUUCAACCCCAAGAAGAAAGCGAGAGAGAGCAUGAAAAAGAUAAAGAAGGUUAUUGCAAUCAUAUGAUACGGGUAAAGAGUGUAAUGUGCAAAUUCAAUUAAUUCAGUGCGCGCUCAUCUUUUGGCUGACUGAAUUAAGCUUGAGGCAGUUAUAAAGCAAAGGGCACGCCAUAUUGUGUCGACAAACAAACAGCUUACGCAUCGACGCCUGCUGCGAUCCUGAAUAGUUGGAACGAGAAAAACAUCUUCAUUGAUAUUUAAGAGCGCACAAAAAAACGGCGACUGCGCUCUGUACUUGGGUGGCCAUCGCCAGCAAUGGAAUUGGAGGCAGCGUACGAAGCACUAGCGGACUACUCGCUGCAAGAGGCGCCCUUCUACGAGGCCCCACUGAAGACGGUCUCGAGUUCGUUAUUUUCCGGGCAACUGCCUCAGCAACAACAACAGCAGCAACAUCAGCUGCGGCACCAGCACCAGAACUUCCAGCAACAGCAGCAGCUUCAGCAAGGGCCGCUGAAGUCAGCCCUCCGCCAAAUGGCCGCAUCCUCGCUGAUGCUGACCGGUGGCGGCGCCACUAGCGCUGGUGGCAAACUGAUGCAACUAGCAUCUGGCAACUCUGGCCUACAACAACAAGAACAUCAACAGAAUGUGCCAUCUGUCGCGCUAGUCCCAUCGCUGGUGCCCUCUUCCGGUGGCAUCCUGAAGAGUAAGAAGAACUUCAAGAAGUCUGUCAGCUUUCUGCCGACGUUCGUACAGAGUUACGACAUCGAUGAAACACAAAUCAAACAAGAACCGCUGGAGGAUGGCUUGCCGAUCAGGAACAUUCAGAAGGUUCCCAGCCUGUCCGACCUGAGCGAUCCCGAAACAUCACUAGAUGUUCCGACGCAGAUGCCCCCGCUUACGCCGGGAACGAACAAGAAGCUAACCGAGGUCCUGUACGCGUCCUUUGCCUCCUGGGAGAAGGUGGUGCAGAACUAUAAAAUUACCAAAGAUCCGCGACAAUGGACCCCGGAACACGUGAUCAUCUGGCUGAACUGGUCGAUCAAGGAGUUUUCGCUGGAAGGCGUCAACAUCAAGGAACCGUUCCUGAAGAUGAGCGGCCGGGACAUCAUCGGUCUCGGGCGGGAGGGUUUUCUAGCCAUUGCGCCGCCCUUCACCGGUGAUAUCCUGUGGGAGCAUCUGGAGAUUCUGCAGAAAGAUUGCGAGAAAGCCCUGCUGGACACGAGUGUGGCGGCAUCGGCAGUGACCAGCAGCCUCUAUGAUUGCGGAUCGACCGGAGCGGCCAGCAGUGGAGGAGUCAGUGAACUGAGCGAGUACAACAGUGCCUUGCAGCGGCUAAGUAGCAGCCAGCAACAGCAGGACCAGCAGAGCUUUGGCGGCGGCAGCACCAAUAAUGCGACAACACCGUCAGCCGGUGGCGGCAGUGCUGCCAGCAAUUCCAACAACAGCAACAGCGGUUACACGUCCCUGCACGAUCGUAGCAAUAGUUCUCCUUCGCCCCUGUCCAGCCAGCAGACGCAGCAGUCCGGUUCCGGCGGGGGUGGCGGAGGAGGUGGGAGUGGCGGUGGCGGAAAUGCCAAUAACGGUAGCAACAGCACAAACAACUCAUCAACCUCCAACAGUAACAACAACAACAACAACAACCAGAACAGUAUGUCUUCGUAUCUGUCCUCGAUGGCUGCAGCAGCGGCAGCGGCAGCAGCCUCGGCGGUCCGAAGCUCUUCCAAUACCAGUGGCAAUAGUUCAAAUAACACUAGCAGUAGCAAUAGUUAUGGCACCAGUAAUACGCCCUCGACGACCUCAUCGUCUACCUCUGGCAACCAGCAGCAACAGCAUCCGCACAUGAAGGAGGAGCAUGAGCCCAAUAGUUUUAUCAACAUUGACGACCUACCGAACUUCGGUGUCGUACCGGGUCACUAUGACGAUCAGGACCAGUACCACUCGCUGCCGCAGCCGGAAACGCAAACUCCAUCACACGGCUACCUGGAGAACAGCCCGGAAUUCUACUCGGCCAUCCAGAUGGAGCAGAAGUACAUGUCCCCCCAUUACAAGUCCGGUCCGUACACGAGUCGGGGUGCUAGUCGAUAUCAUCAACCUCACCACCACAGCAGCAGUAACAAUAACAGCGGGCCCACCUCCGGUGGUUCAGGAGCGGGUAGCACUGGCCAUCAUCAUCACCAUCACCAGCAUCCGCAUCCGCAUCACGAUGGGUACCAUGAGUACAGCUCACCGUACGACACCCCACCCUUCCAAACGGUGCCAAGCAAUACGACGUCACCUCAGGGAGCGAACAACAAUGACCUAGCGGGUCACAUGGAUCCCUGGAGCCAGCUACACCAUCCAGGGCAGCACCCGGGACAUCCGGGUGCUCAUCCGUCCAUUUUGGACUUCCAACACCCGGCUUACAUGGGCACGACAAUGGGCUUUGACAAGACUAUGCUCGGAAGCUACGGUACCCAAGGAGGAGCUCCUUGUUUUACCGGUUCCGGUCCCAUCCAGCUGUGGCAAUUUCUACUUGAGCUUCUCACUGACAAAACUUGUCAGAAUUUCAUCUCCUGGACCGGAGACGAAUGGGAAUUCAAGCUGACUGAUCCCGAUGAGGUUGCUCGUCGAUGGGGUGUACGCAAAAACAAGCCAAAAAUGAACUACGAGAAGCUGAGUCGAGGCCUUCGGUACUACUACGAUAAGAACAUAAUCCACAAAACCGCUGGCAAGCGAUACGUCUAUCGUUUCGUCUGUGAUCUUCAAACUCUGCUAGGAUACUCAGCCAAACAGGUGCACGAAAUGGUCGACCUCAAGCCCGACAAGAAGGAUGACGAGUAAACACCUCGACUAAAACUAGUUGGAGAAAGAGAGAGAGAGCCACGACUGGAUCUAACACGUGUAGCCCAAAGUAUGCUUCAUGCUCAAAACAAAUCGAACAAACUAACAACAAAAUCAACGCAUAUAACCGAACUCUCAAACUCCCCUUUAAUCCAACAAAUUCAAAUUUAGUGCUUCCAUCGAAACCCAACCCAACUCAAUCCCACUGUUUUCUACUACUUUGGAUUAAGCUGCUCCCCAUUUCCCUAUUUUAAACAAAAAAAAACAAAACGUUAGAGUCGCUAUUCGCCAUUUUGUUGUAAUAUUGCCGUAAUCGAUUGGCAACAAUCCGCUGCAGCAACAACAACAACAACAAUUCCAAAACGUACUCUUCCCGAACUGUGUUAUAGGCGUUACCUUCAUUUUAUCACGCGUUCGUCGCUAUAUAUGAAACAAUCACCCUGCGCGUGUUGCAUUACGUUACGACUCGUAACUGCACGGCGCAGAUUUCACGGCCAUUUUCCAGAAUGAAAGUGAAGGGAGCGCGCGAGCGCUUUGUAAAUAUGAAAACGAACCAGGCUGAAAAAAAAACAAAACAAAAUAUACCCUGAAUUUACCCAAAAACAUACAAAUUAUUUAAACAAUGGUCGCUUUUUAGUUUGUUUAUGAAAAAGAAACAAAAAACGUAAGCAUGUCAACAGCAACUUAAUUAUACUUAAAAAAAAAAACAAACGCAGUGUUAAGACGAGUUAACAAAAAAAAAUCUGGACCGUUCAAGCUGAUAGCAGAAAAAAACUGAAAGCGCAAAAAUCAAAUUUUACAUUUCAAUUACACAAUUAAUAGUUAAAAUGAAGAAGAAGAGAAGCAGAGGAGAGCAAUCGUUUGUGAAGCUUUUGUGAUAAGUUUAUCUUUUCAUUUAUUUUUUUUUAUUUCGUAAAACCUUUAAUCUAACUACUAUAGAAUCUUUAGAAAGAAAAAAAGCAAACAAAAAGCUAGUUUUUUUAUAAGCAAAAAAGCAGCGCGAUAGCAAACCAAUGAAGAAGAAAGAGAUAGUUGACGGUAUUUAGCCUUGGGAUUUAGUAAAAAGGCAAAAGCAGUAUCAAAACAAACAGAAAAGUUAAUUCGUAGAAUCAUGUGAAUGUUCUUAGUUAGUUGGUAAUUAUUACUAUUGUGAAUUUUUUUUCUAGUAGCUAGGAAAGAGUAGAGUGUAGGCAGGGAGGAGAGCGAGCGAGCGAGUGAAAAGAGAAAGAGAUAGAGCGAGAGUUCGUUGGCUUCGCGCAGUUCUUCCAUUUUCUUUAGGGUCUCUUCCUCUACUUCCGAUCUCGAUUGGUUCGUCGUCCAACAAAACGAGAACAAGGAUCAUUUCUUUCCGGUCCAACAACAAACGAAAAAGAAAUAAUGGAAAAACGAAGCGAAUGAUCUCCAGAGACAUAUUCAAUAGAGGAAAGAAAUGAAAUCCACAACGGGGAGUACUAUUAUUUAGAGCUUAUUUUCGCCGUUUGUGUAAGUUUUCUGAUUUUAAGACCGCGCUGGAUGUGGAUGUAUGUGAUUUAUUCAGUUUUUCGUACGCAAAUGUAGAUUACCUUAACUUUAUAGAAAUACAUGUUUAGUCUAAAUUUGACCUAGCGCGAAAUUCGCUGGUUCAUGCGUAAAACAGAGAAAAAGAGAGCGAGUGAGAUAACGAAUGUGUGAAUGAACGAGUGUCCAACUGUGGUUGCAUAAAUCAGUUUAAAAAUAACCCUGUGUAGUAAAAUCUAAGUGAUCUAAAACGAGAGCAAAAACCGUAAUUAAUGUAAAAAAAAGUAAGAUCAAAUUUAAACUAAAACAAUCGCAAAAAAUACAUGUAAAUUGUAACUCUGAGAUGAAUUCCGGUUGCCCUCUCCGAUUGUGGUGACGCCAAUUUGUUGAAGCCACAUGACCUACAACCAUACUUGGUAGAGAAACAUAUAAAAAAGAAACAAAUCAAGUAAACUGAAUACGGUGCGAUAAUAAGAAAACGAUGGAUUUCAUCAAGGUAUUAUUCAAAUACUUGAAAACAAAGCAACAAAAAUUAAGAGCAAAUCGAAGCAAAAUUCUGAAACCUGUAACAUUGGUAGAUUAUUUGUUCUCAAUUCUCAAUUGUACCUAAGCCUUUUUGUAUGUUAUAUGAUAAUGUGUUUUCAUUUUUGGAGUAGCUUCAAAAGUUUCACUGAGAUUGCCAAAUCGAUAGAAGAAAGACGUGAGAGUUAGAAAAAAAAACAUGGAGAGCGAGAGAGCGUGCGCGAGAUUCAUCUGGAUUUAUAAUG